AUGUGUACAGCUUGUGGUCGAUCUGGUCAUGAAGCUUCAUCCUAUUUCAAGGUGGUUGAAUAUCCUGAGUGGUGGGAAGAUCGAUCACGCAACAAAAGCACUUCGCGUGGCCCUGUCUCUGCUCCGACGGGCCGUGGUCGUGGUUUUCCUCCUCGGGCAAAUAUCACUCAAAUUCCUGCCGCUAAUUCCGCUGCUGCUAUCUCUACUCUCCCGCUCAAUGAAGCUGAUCUACAAGGCUUGAGUGGUCUCUCUGAUGAACAAUGGCGUAUAGUUCAACGUGUGGAGUCUCACAACAACCCCUUAAAUCGUCUAAGUGGUAAGACUAUUGACACGAUGAAAGAUCUUGGACAUGCUAAAUAUUUUCUGGGGUUGGAGAUUGCGCGCAGUCCUGAGGGAUUUUAUCUUUGUCAACGCAAAUACGCUAUUGAUAUUGUGACAGAAGCUGGGUUAUUAGGCUGCAAACCUGCUGGUUCGCCUAUUGAUCAAAAUCAUGGUUUAGCUCUUCCUGAUGGUCCGGUUUUAUCUAAUCCGGUGGCCUACCGUCGCUUAGUAGGACGUCUUGUCUAUCUCGCAUCUACACGACCAGAUCUUUCUUAUGUUAUCCAUGUUUUGUCUCAAUUCAUGCAGAAACCAAAAGAAGCACAAUGGCAAGCUGCUUUGAAAGUGGUACGGUAUUUAAAAGGGACUCUUGGGAAAGGCAUUCUCUUACAUGCCAACUCUCCUCUUCAUUUGAAAGGUUGGUGUGACUCUGAUUAUGCUGGUUGUCCCUUAACUCGAAAGUCACUCACUGGCUGGUUUGUUCAAUUUGGGGAGUCUCCUAUCUCUUGGAAAACUAAGAAACAAAAGACUACCUCAAGUUCUUCCGCUGAAGCUGAAUAUCGCGCCAUGGCUACCAUUUGUCGCGAGUUACGUUGUUUGAAAUCUCUUCUCUUCGAGCUUGGUAUCGAUCAUCAGGCACCCAUCUCUCUAUUUUCUGACAGUCAAGCGGCGUUGCAUAUAAGUUCUAAUCUGGUUUUCCAUGAACGCACAAAACACAUUGAAAUUGACUGUCAUGUUGUUCGUGAUUAUAUCGUGGAUGGUAUCGUCAAAGCCUCUCAUGUCGACACUACGGAUCAACUUGCUGAUAUUCUUACUAAAGCUUUAGGACAACGUGAAUUUGAUGUGUUUUUACACAAGUUGGGCAUUCAAAAUUUGCAUGCUCCAACUUGA